AUGCACGAUCUAUUGAAGAAGGGAGAUAAGUUUGUCGAUGCGGAGGAAGCAGAGAAAGUGACCAAAAAUCUCAGGGAAGGAUGGGAUACGGAAGCACAUAAGCGAAAAGCGUAUGAUGAGCGAAGGCACACUGAUAAGAAUAAGCCGAAGAAUGAACGCAUGAACAAGGGUUAUGCCCAAGACCGGUCGGUCAAGCAGAAGCGAGAGGAGGCCAAGGCACCCACCCCUUUGAACAUCCCACAUACGAAGUUAUUAAUGGAGAUACAGCACAUGAAAGAGCUCGAAUGGCCUAAACCGAUGAUGACUUCCUCCAGCAAGAGAAAUCAAAGUAAGUACUGCCAUUUUCACAAAGAUUACGGACGUGAUAUAGAAGAAUUUCUACAGUUGAAGGAAGAAAUUGAGUGCCUGCUAAGGCGGGGACUAUUGGUCAAGUAUGUAAAAAACGACAGGGACAGACAAAGGCUCGAAGGAAUACCCCCACCAAGGGCGGGAGUGAUAAACAUGAUCAUUGGGGGAGUAGCAUCGGGUGGCGACUCAAAUUCAGUUAGAAAGAGCUAUGCGCGUUCCGCAGGGGUCUGCUCUAUCCAGAAAAAAGCAAGGUUCAACCAGAGCAUUACUUUCGACGAAGAGGACUUGAUCGGUAUAGCGCAUCCCCAUGAUGAUGCCUUAGUGAUAGUAGGCGAUAUAGUAGUUUUUGACGCAAAGAGGGUGCUUGUCGAUGGAGGAAGUGCGGCAAAUGUCCUCAUCUGGGAUGCCUUCUUGGGUUUAAAAAUUCCCCUAGAGAAGUUGAAGAUGGUGACUACCCCUCUACAAGGCUUUGGAGGGGCAACAGUGAUACCGGAAGGAACUGUAAAGAUCCCAGUUACGCUAGGCACAUACCCAGCGACAGUGGUGAUUGUGACUAAUUUCUUGGUUGUGAAGACCCCCAUGGCCUACAACGCCAUCUAUGGUGGGCCAUUGCUAAACGUAGUUGGCGCUGUCCCAUCGACCUACCAUCAAAUUAUGAAGUUCCCAACUAGCAGAGGAGUCGGGAGCGUGUGA